ACCAGAAACGAAAGUGAAAUAAAUUGAUUGAAACCUUUGCAAUUUGUGCGUUCGUGCCACCCAUCCACGCUCUCAUCCUGGUUUGCUGUAUUGUCAGGUGUUAGUCCAGCGGAUCCCUCCAGUCCAAACUAGUAUCGGACUCAUAUCGGAGCUUGUUCAGUGCAAGUGCAACAUGUCAGAAAUCGCUCAAAUCGACGAGGGAUUCUACUCCAGGCAGCUGUAUGUUCUGGGUCAUGAGGCGAUGCAGCGGAUGGGCACGGCCGACGUCCUCAUAGCAGGCAUGCGAGGUCUUGGAGUAGAAAUAGCCAAGAACGUGAUCCUGUCCGGAGUCAAGUCUGUCACUGUCCAGGACGAUGGCUGCACAACGUGGACCGACCUGUCCUCCCAGUUUUUCCUGAAGGAGUCAAAUCUUGGUGAGAAUCGAGCCACAUGUUCCCUACAACAGCUGUCAGCCUUAAACCCACUUGUGCGUGUGUCAGCCCACACUGCACCACUGGUUGAUGACCUGCUGCUGCAAUAUCAGGUGGUGGUCCUCACCGACUCCUCACUGGAUGAUCAGAGGCGUUUUGGUGAGCUCUGCCAUUCGCACGGAAUAAAGUUCAUUGUGGCAGACACCAAAGGACUCUGUGGUCAGUUGUUCUGUGACUUUGGGGAGGAGUUUGAGGUCUUGGAUCAGAAUGGAGAGAUUCCGUCAUCGGCAAUGAUAGAAAGUAUCUCCAAGGACAAUCCUGGAGUGGUGGUCUGCACCUAUGACCAGAAGCCUGGAUUUUCAGAUGGUACUAAAGUUUCUUUCUCUGAAGUCCAAGGCAUGACGGAGCUCAACAACAUCGACCCUGUGGAGAUCACAGUCCGCAGCCCUUACUCCUUCAGCAUUGGUGACACUUCAGCCUUUUCUGAGUAUGAGCUGGGUGGAGUAGUGACUGAGGUUAAACAGCCCUGCACGCUAAGUUUUAAACCACUAGGUGAGGCUCUGUUGGAUCAUGAACUCCUGAAAAUGAAUGACUAUGGAAAAGUAGCGCGGCAUAAGACCCUGCAUUUGGCGUUCCAAGCUCUUCAUAGCUUCGUGAAGAAAGAACAACGACUCCCUCAUAUUCGAUCUCAGUCAGAUGCGGAUGCCCUGCUUGCCACUGUGAAAGAGCUGAAUAGAGUCACACAGCUGGAAAAGCUGGAUGAAGUUGCUGUGCGAAACCUGUCCUUCACAGCCCAGGGUGACUUGGCUCCUAUCAAUGCUUUCAUUGGAAGCCUUGCUGCGCAGGAAGUUAUUAAGGCAUGUAGUAGGAAAUUUAUGCCUCUUCGGCAGUGGUUUUAUUUCGAUGCGCUGGAGUGCCUCCCUCAAGGGGAAGAUCAACUGGCAGAGUGCUCCUUCUCAGCAAAAGGCACAAGGUAUGAUGGACAGAUUGCUGUGUUCGGGUCAGCGUUCCAGGAAAAGCUUGAGAGGCAGAAGUAUUUCCUGGUUGGAGCCGGUGCUAUUGGCUGCGAGCUUCUCAAAAACUUUGCCCUCAUUGGGCUCGGUGCAGGAGAAGAAGGGCAAAUCAUCGUCACAGACAUGGACUUCAUAGAAAGAUCCAAUUUGAACCGCCAGUUCCUGUUCAGGUUUCAGGACAUUGGGAAACCAAAAUCCGAGGUCGCAGCCAGAGCAGUGCGAGAAAUGAACCCACAGAUGAAAAUCACCGCUCACCAGAAUCGUCUGGACCCUGACAGCGAAGGAGUGUAUGGAUAUGACUUCUUCAUGAGUCUCAAUGGAGUGGCUGCAGCCCUUGAUAAUGUGGAAGCCAGGGUCUUUCUUGAUGGACGCUGUGUUCAACACCAGAAGCCGUUGCUGGAGGGAGGAACUCUAGGAACCAAAGGUCAUACUCUGGUGGUGGUGCCGCACCUGACAGAGUCUUAUGGACCUGCCAAACCAAGUUCUAAUAAUGCCAUCCCACUCUGCACGCUCAAGAGCUUCCCUCAUAGCAUCAGCCACACUCUGCAGUGGGCCAGAGUCCAGUUUGACGGUCUGUUUAAACAAACACCUGAAAAUGUGAACCACUUCCUGAGGGAUGCGGGGUUUGUAGAGCGAACUCUUGGCCAUGGAGAUGCUGAGGCCUUGGAGGUUCUUGGAGGGGUGUGGGGCAGCCUGAAGGACAUGAAAACAGGAGGACAGCGUCCAACGAGCUGGGAAGACUGUGUGAGCUGGGCACGGUGCAAAUGGGAAACUCUCUAUAACAACGAGAUCCGACAGCUUCUGCACUGUUUUCCUCCCAAACAGCUGACCCCUACUGGGCUACCCUUUUGGUCUGGAUCGAAGAGAUGCCCUCACCCACUGACCUUUGACCCUAACAACACUACCCAUAUGGAGUAUGUGGUGGCAGCAGCUAAUCUGUACGGGCAUAUCUAUGGCAUCAAAGGGACAAGAGAUGGCUCUUCUAUCAGAAAAAUCUUAGAGAAAGUUAAUGUACCAUCUUUCACUCCCAGUUCCUCCGUGAAGAUUCAUCUUACUGAGCAGGAGAUGCAGGAGGACAAAGAAAAGGAAAGUGAUGACACAGAAAAUGCUCAGCUUGAGGAAUUGAAAGGAGAGUUGGCCUCACCAUCUCUGAAAAGCUCAGCCAUGCAGAUGUACCCCAUCGACUUUGAGAAGGAUGAUGACAGUAACUUCCACAUGGACUACAUUGUUGCUGCUUCAAACCUGAGGGCAGAGAACUACAACAUCCCUGCAGCCGAUCGCCACCUGAGCAAGCGCAUUGCUGGAAGGAUCAUCCCCGCCAUAGCUACAACAACAGCCGCAGUGGCAGGCCUGAUGUGCCUGGAAUUGUAUAAACUGGUAAUGGGUCACCAGAAUAUCAGCUCUUACCGCACAGCUUACAUGAACCUGGCUGUCCAGUACUUCGUUCUGGCGAAGCCGAGCCCGCCCCAGCAAUUCCAGGUUGCAGGAGAGAAAUACACCCUGUGGGAUGGCUUCCUUGUUGAGGGCAGACGCAGCGAUCAACAGGAAAUGACCUUGGGCGAUCUGCUCCAGUAUAUCAAGGAAAAAUACAGCUUGAACAUCUGCAGUCUCUUCUAUGGAACAGCUAUCUUGUACUAUGGGCAAGAGGAGAGGCUUCAGCAGAGUGUGUCUGACGUGGUGAGAAUGGUCACCAAAGCAGACAUCCCUCCACACAAGAAGAUGCUGGAGCUGAUCCCCUCAUUUGCUGAAGAUGAGGACUGUGAGUCAGUCCCACCCAUCAGGUACAUGCUUUUCUGAUGCCAUCGACGGGAGGCUUCCACAGUGUAUAGCACUCGCAUGGAACGGCUUCAGUGUGACAAAGCAAACUUAACAUUUCUGUGACAUCAUAUCAUGAAAAACAAUCUGAAUUUGUUGCUUUAGCUGUUGUGUGCAAAGGUUUAUAUCUGCAUGUUUUUUUUUCCAGUAACUGCUUUCUCUUCGUUUUUCCUUUACGUUCCACAUGGCUUCUGAAUAAUUGCAGUCAUACUGUGAUCAUUUUUCUGUUAAUCACACUU